UCAAUCGCUUUCCUAUAUAAGUGCACAAACGCAAACUCUUCUCACAUCAUAUUCUUCUUACACAGAUUACAUAUAGCCAUUAAAAAACCACGAAAUACUUAUAAUCAGCUAUCAAAGCAUCCAUCAAUGGCAGAAUUUGAGAAUUCUGAAGAAAUUCCUAAAGUCAUUACCUUCCUCUCUUCCCUUCUUCAAAGAGUAGCUGAAACUAAUGACGUUUUUCGUCAUCUUAACUCGCAGAAAAUCUCCAUCUUCCAUGGCUUGACAAGGCCUGCCAUUUCUGUCUACGGCUACUUGCAGAGGAUCUUCAAGUAUGCAUAUUGCAGCCCUUCUUGCUAUAUCACGGCAUACAUUUAUCUCGACCGGUUCGCUAAGAAGCAGCCAUUGUUGCCUAUAAAUUCUUUCAAUGUUCAUCGGCUCCUUAUUACGAGUGUGUUGGUUUCUGCAAAGUUUAUGGAUGAUAUAUUUUACAACAAUGCAUACUAUGCCAAAGUCGGAGGAAUCAGCACAGCAGAAAUGAACCUUCUUGAAGUGGAUUUCUUAUUUGGAUUAGGGUUCCAAUUAAAUGUUACCCCCCAAACAUUCCAUACAUACUGCUGUUAUAUUCAAAGAGAGAUGCUGCAACAGUCUCCUCCUCUACACUUCCCACCUUCAAAUCUUGAUCAUUACUACAUCAAUGAAGAUGGGCCCACACAUCAACAACAAUUAUCACUUCAAUUAAUCCAUAAUCUUGUUUGAUUAUUCACCAAAUAAUUUGUUCAUUUGGGUCGAUGAUCAUGACCAGAGUUUGACACGAACCUAGUGCUUAACCGAUACAAUCAAAAGUCAAGUUUGACGAGCGAAGAAGCAAGAGAUUGUUCUGCUUAUGAGCAUUCGAACUUGGUUCCUCUCAAUUGAAUAUAGUAAACUGGUCCAAUUCAUGAUUGCAUAUCCAAUCAUUUGAAGACAUCAUUUUCUUUUA